ACCUUCAUGAGAGAGAGAGAGAGAGAGAGAAAGAGAGAGUGAGUGGGGACCCGUUUGGGAAGCAAGAAGAAAACACAGACAAGAAAGGAGCGUGUGAGGACAAAGAGAAAAACAAAGUGGGGAUGAUGCAAAGGAGAGAAAGAAAUUGAAGGAAAAGCCCGUUUUCCUAGAGAAAGUUAAACAACCUUUCACUGGCUCCUCCAUUUCCUUUUACCUGUAUAAAGAAAAACCUUCACGGAAGAUCAUCAUCAACAAGAAGCCAAGCAAAGAUCAUCGAUAUUUGUCCGACUUUUCUUUGCAGAGAAUAUUGGUAGAAUCAACCAACAAACAUCUCAUCUAGCUAUUAUUAUCACCAAUAAUGCUGCUACGAAACUCCAUUUCCAACACCAAGAAGUUCUUCCAGAAAACCCUACAAAGCUUCAAGUCUUUGUUUUCCGAAGGCUACCAAAAGCUUCCCAAAACCUCUCCUCUUAAUCCCUUUUCUUCCAGGGCGAGCGCAGACAUGAAUGUCCAGCCUAGUUACAAAGACUUGGACAAGUUCUACACCGACCAAUGGGAGUCAUCAGAUAAAGAUCACAUGAAGAUCAUGGCAAAGAAGGGAAUUAUCCAGAAGCAAAGUACUAUGGCAUCAUCAACUCAACAAGAAAAAGAGGUGUACGGUGGGAGCUUCUUGAAGUUUUCACAGGCAACUGCAGUGAAGAAGAAUCAUGUAGAUCGAAGGAGAUCAGAAGAAUAUGAUCAUCAUCAUAACCAUCAUGAAGAUGAUCAGAUAAAAAGCAUACCCUACCAAAGGAGGAGACAAGAAAAUUCUUGUUCUAAAGGAAUGAUGAUGAGAGAGGGUGGGAUCAGGACUUGCUUGGUGGCGCAAAAGCUAAAGGAGAUGGAGACGUUGGAUAUGGGGAAUGUCGAUCAUUUGUUGGACAUAGAAGAGGUUCUUCAUUACUAUUCUCGCCUCACUUGCCCCGCCUACCUCGACAUAGUUGACAAGUUUUUCCUGGACAUUUACGAGGAAUUCUUUGGUGCUGCAACGAUAGCUUUAACGCCAGCAAGCAGCAUCAAUUCAAGGCUGAGGCAACGACGAUCGGUGAUGAGGUCCUAGACUUUCUCUUUCUUGGAGAAAUUUGGAGAGUUAUUGAAGGAAACUAUCAGGGAAAACUUGGAGAAAUAUAACCGAUCAAGAUCGACCUGUGGCCGGAAUUCUUUUCUUUGCACUUUGUGAAUCCAUUUUUACUUUCAUUUUAAAUUCACACUCUUGUCUUGAUCUUUGAUUGAUUAAUCGCUUUGUUCAUAGUC